UCAGAUUCUUUUUCUUCUAAUAUAGGGAUUCUUACAGGUGAUCCUGCAUCUCCUCACUUAUGGAAUAUUUUCUUCUCAGACUUAUACAUUCCUAGUCACCCAGCUGACAUCUCUCUAAAUAACUCUUAUAUUUCUCAUUUAGAACAAGCUGAUAAUAUUGUUAUUUUCUCUACUUCUCCUACUACCUUGCAAAUUAAACUAAAUAAUAUUAUUUCUUGGUGCUCAAAAAAUUUUCUUCAAAUCAACCACUCUAAAACUGUUGCUCAAGUAUUUGGUAAUACAACUAUAAAACCUACCUUCUCUAUUGAUUCAAACAUCUUAAACUAUGUUGACAAAUUCUUGUACUUAGGUAUAAUAUUUGACUCUUCACAAAAUAACAUUUUUCACUCUCACUACUCAAACAAAGCCUCAAAAGCAAGGUCUAUUACACACACUAUACUAGCCUUAGAAUCUCAUAUUAGUAUAAUCCCUCCUAAACAAGGAAUUCAACUCUAUUUUGCUAGAAUUGAUCCUCAUCUUAUUUAUACAUGUGAAUCUACUCCUGAUACUAAUAAAAAAUGUCUCUUCCUUCUACAAUCUGUACAACAUACUUUCCUUAGAAGACUAUUAGGUCUAAAUCCAAGGUCUCUUCUAACUCCUCUCUUUACAGAAACUGGCCUUCUUCCUAUACAAUUUAGACAAACAAUUCUUGUACUAAACUACCUAAUAUACUUACUACAAUUACCUCCCUCACACUUUGCUUUCUUUGCACUUCAAGAAUCUAUACAACUUUAUAACAACAAACAUUACUCUUGGUAUGGAGAUCUUCUUAUUAAUCUAUCAAACACUACUUCAGAUAAUACUUUACAAAUCCCAAACCUACAUACCUCUCAUAAAAUAGUUUCUCAAUUUAUUAAAACUGUUAAAAAAUCGUGUUACAACACCUUAAACAACUCUCUUCUAAGUUCUACUCAAACUACUCUUAUUAAAGACAGACAUGAAUUUAAUAAAAAAAACCAACCUAUUCUAAAAAUUAUUCACUUUAGACAUUAUCUUGGUGUCACAAUCCCUGAGCACAGAAUUGCUUUUACUAGACUUCUUCUUUCUGACUACAUACUUGCUCUUGUUCAGCUUGCUAGAACCACUUCUAACAGACAUGGUUCUAUACCUCAACACAAAAGACUUUGCAGAUUCAACUGUAAUAAAAUUGAAGAUCCUAUUUAUACUCUCUUUCAAUGUCAAAAUUCUGAAAUCUCUAAACUAAGACAAGAUUUCCUACUUUGUACUCCCUCUCCUCCACCCCUUCUAGAGGAGGAUUACUACUUAGCAUUGUUUUCUUAA